AUUUCUGAUACAGCCAAGGAAAGGGCAAGUCACUUCUGAGAAACCUCUGGGGAUUUCAAAGUGAUUUUUUUGUUUUAUUAUUAUUAUUAUUUUAAUGGCUUCCCACCCAAGGGCAUCUGAAAAUCUUUCUAGUUCUGAGGCUUCUGAGGAAUACGGCGACACUGUGCCACAUUGGUCAACUCCAUCGAAUCCAAACUACAGAUAUCUACAGGCUAGACGCUAUUCUGAAAGUAAAUAUUACAAGGAGUGCUUUUCCAAGGAUAAGCACAGUGUUGUGGCCUACACCUCAAAGAAAAUGGAGAAAGUGAACCACAUGCAUCCUCAUCCCACCGGCAUGAGGAACAGUCAGGCAGAAGGUGGUGAUACCGCUUCACUCAGAGAGGCCCCGUCCAACGCCCCUACCGAUGUCGUUUCUGUUCAUCAAACAAUGAUGAUGAAGCCAGUGCAGAAGCCUAGCUCAGAUGCUGUGUCUCAGGGAGAAGAUCAAAGGAUGGACCCAGAGUGUUCCACCAUCAGCACCCAGCACUACACCAGAGAGCAGCUAUUGGAGAUGAUUGUGUUCCAUAAGGCCAUGGCCUCCACCUUCAGGAAGCUCCAGAACACAGCUGAUCAGACCCCGAUGGUGUUGGUGGAGGGAGCAGGGUGCUCCCAGGAAUCCCAGAGAAAGGGAGUGGAGACCCACAAGAGCAUCAGCAGCGAUGAGCCUGCUCAGAAGAAAAGUCGGGAGAAUGUUCCGGAGGGCUUCGUUCUCACUCAAGACGCUAUUGAGAGACUUUCCGCCAUGGCAAGCAUCUGGGACAUGGCCGUUGAGAUUGGAAUCCUGAACGUCCAGGAAGCCGCUUUUUACAAGAGUAUCUACUGUGAUAACAGAGCAUAGAUUUUUUUUUUUCUUCAUAGUUUAUCAUUUAUAAUCAAUCAAUUUGGACUCGAAAAAUAAACAGUCUCCAUACUGUUUCAUACAUUUAUCAUGAAUUUGACUUUAUCUUAAAAAAAAUAAAAAACUGUUGUCAUGCAAUCUCAAA